UGCCGAUAGACUUUAACGGUGACACUGCGGUUCAACCGAAAGCCCAGUCAAAAUAUUAAAAAUGGAGUACCAAGCCUUGGUGGACCGAAUCAAAGAUUCCUGCAAUUCCAUGCCUCAGUAAAUGUAAAGAGCCUAUUUAAUCUGAGGCUAAUAACUGCGAAGAAGAUUGCUAAAUUUUACUUCGGUUACGAAUCACUGAAUGAUGUUCCAGAGGAAUUAGCGAAUCUAAUUCGUACGAAAAUAAACCGUAAAAAACAACAAAGGAGAUCGAUUUUAAAAUUUGUAAAUGAAAUGAAUAUUACGGACAUUGAGGAAAGCAGAAUAGCAAUAUUGUAUUUUCUACAUUACAUAAAAUACAACUACAUUGAAAAGUCAAGAUUGGAUGAGAAUGAGUGGCCCGUGUUAAAUCCAAUUGCAAAUUUAAAUGCAAUAAUUACAUGGAAUAUACGUUUCAAUUUCAACCAAGAUGAACAUUUCGAUGAUAGCGACACCGAUGAUAGCGACACCGAUGUUGACCAUCAGUUGUCCGACUUUGAUGAAUCGUUAUUAUCUCCUGCAGAAAUGUAUGAUGUACAUAACGUAGACAACGCGUCAGAUGAGGAAUUAGGUGACGAUGAUGAUGAUGAAAAAGUAAUUCGCAAUGCAGAAAUAGCCGGCAGAGCCGCAGGUGCUGCAGCAGGGCGCGCUGCAAAAUGUUCGUCUGACGAUGGUAAUCGAGUAAUUAAAACCAGCGAUGUUAUUUUGCAACAAUAGAAUAGAAUUUCCACAGGAGCGAUAAAAAAAUACAAAAGAUUAGUUAUUCAGACAUGGCAAAUGUAGACGCAAAUGCAGUUGAAAUGGUCAGAAGUGCAAGAAGUAGAAAUGCAAAGGGAGUAAGUACAACAAAUCAAUUCUUUUUAUGUUUCUGACAAGUAGUGUAUAUAAUUGUAAUUUUUAUUUUAAAAUGCUGGCCCAAAUUCGACUG